GUCCGGACUGCGGAAACCAUAUUGAGAGCAAGAAAAAGAGGGAAAGGGGAAAGGGAGGGCCUCCCUGCGACGUUAAUGGCGGUCAGGGUUUUCCAUUUCUCCACCUAAACCCGGCCCUUUUCCUGCGCCUUCUGGUCCAAGAAUCCCCCCCUCCCCCCCCACAAAACGUCGUUUCUUUCCACGAAUUCGUCGGUUUCGCCCUCGAAUUGCUGUCCGAGAAGCCCCAUCGGCCGGAGUCCGGCGAUGGCCGCGCACGGGAAGGUCUCCAAUUCGCUGAAAUCCAUGCAGCGUGUCAAAGUUUAUCGCUUGAAUGAUGAUGGCAAAUGGGAUGAUCAGGGAACUGGGCAUGUUUCUGUGGAUUAUUUGGAGGAUCAGGUCUUGGUCAGGAAACCAACUCUAGCAGUAUGUAGCGUGAGGUCGGAAGAUCUUGGUUUGAUUGUGAUUGAUGAAGAGGAUAGUGAGUCAUUACUUGUGCAUCGCAUCUCCUCAGAUGACAUCUACAGAAGACAAGAAGACACAAUCAUCUCAUGGAGAGAUCCGGAACUAGCUACCGAAUUGGCGUUGAGCUUUCAAGAGGCUAUGGGAUGCUCCUAUACAUGGGACCAUAUAUGUGGCGUACAAAGAAACUUGCAUUUUAGUAGUCUGGGAAAUCUCGAGAUCGGCCCUCGUCCAGCAAUGGAAUCUCUAAAAGCUACUAGUGCUUUGCAAUCAAAUGAUGAAUCAUUUCGUGCUGUUAACAGUGAAUUAAGAGAGCUUCCGUCUGUCGAAUUAUCUACGCUCCCUUUAAUGUUAAAGACGGUGUUGGAAUGUGGCAUCACGGAUCAGAUGCGUGUAGCAGAAUUAAUAUUACAAGAUCAAGAAUUUUUCCCUAAGCUAAUGGAUCUUUUUAGAAUGUGUGAAGACUUGGAAAAUAUGGAUGGUCUCCAUAUGAUUUUCAGAUUGGUCAAAGGGAUCAUUCUAUUGAACAGCCCACAGAUCUUUGAUAGAAUUUUUGGGGAUGAACUAAUCUUGGACAUUAUUGGUUCUCUUGAAUUUGAUCCUGACAUCCCUCAUGUGGUGCAGCAUCGUGCUUUUCUCAAAGAGCAUGUGGUUUUUAAAGAGGCUAUUGCUAUUAAGGAUUCCUUAGUAUUGUCAAGGAUACACCAAACCUACAGAGUUGGUUAUGUGAAGGAUGUUAUUUUACCAAGGGUGUUGGAUGAGGCUACAAUAGCAAGUCUUAAUUCGAUCAUUCAUGCAAACAAUGCUGCUGUUAUAUCUUUAUUGAAAGAUGAUGCUUCUUUUAUUCAAGAGCUAUUUGCAAGGAUGAGGUCCACCUCAACUUCUGCAGAAUCAAAAAAGCAAUUGGUAUUAUUUUUGCACGAAUUCUGCUCUUUGAGCAAGAGUUUGCAGCUGGUACAGCAAUUGCGGCUAUUUCGGGAUCUUGCUGGUGAAGGCAUAUUCGACAUCAUAACUGACGUGUUGCAGAGUCAGGAUAAGAAGCUUGUAUCUGCUGGGGCAGAUAUUCUCAUUCUAUUCCUAAACCAAGAUCCUAAUAUUCUCAGAUCAUAUGUCACUCAACAAGAAGGAGAUUCCCUUCUCAGGUUUUUGGUUAAGGGUAUGAUAACAGACUUUGGGGAGGACAUGCAUUGUCAGUUCCUUGAGAUCAUUCGCAUAUUGAUGGACUCAUACAGCAUGUCCGGAUCACAGGUAUCAAGUCAUCAAACACAAAGUUGCUUAGGGAAGGAAAAUUCUAAGGACACAAUUAUAGAGAUUUUCUGUGAAAAGCAUCUGGACCAUUUGAUAGAUGUUAUAGCAUCAUCUUGUCCUCCAAAAGGCAGUUCUCGAACAAUGAUUAAAUCAUCUGGCUUUGGUUCAAGGGUUGAAAUGCCUGCUGCAACUAAGCCUGAAAUCUUAUCAAAUAUCUGUGAGCUGCUUUGCUUUUGUGUAAUUCAUCAUUCCUACAGGAUAAAGUGCAGCUUUCUUAUGACUAAUGCAAUAGAGAAGGUCUUGUUUCUGACACGCAGAAGAGAAAAGUAUCUGGUGGUGGCAGCUGUUCGCUUUAUGCGCACUAUAAUCUCCCGUAAUGAUGAGCAUCUUCUUCGCCAUGUUGUGAAAAACAAUCUUUUGAAACCAGUCAUUGAUGCUUUUAUUGAGAAUGGUAAUCGCUAUAACAUGCUGCAUUCAAGUGUUUUAGAACUUCUGGAGUACAUUCGUAAGGAGAAUCUGAAAAGUCUAAUCGUAUAUAUAGUUGAUUUUUUCUGGAACCAGCUACAGAAGUUUGAGCAUUUAGGGUCUAUUCAGGCUUUUAAACUAAAAUAUGAACAGUCCAUGGAGAAUUGUGACACAAAGAACACUGCUGCAAUGGCAGAACCCAGAAAAAGGAUCGAUGAACGGGCUCUUGAAAAAGAAGAAGAAGAAUACUUCAAUGAGGACAGUGAUGAAGAAGACUCUGCCUCCCAGUUACCAAACAUACGGAGACAAAAUACACGAACUAGUCUGCCUAAUGGGACCAAUGUCAGCUACUCAUCUAUUAGGCCUGUUUCUGGUGGACUUGUUGACUAUGAAGAUGACGAUGAUGAUGAUGACUAUAAUCCACCACCUAGGAAGCCUGCAUCUUCGACAGAAAGUGAUGAACCCUUUACUGAGACUAAACGCAAGUCACCUGCUACAGCCGAUAGAAAAGAGGAGGUUCAUGAGCUUACAAAGAAGCAAAAGCUGGAUCAACAUGUGAAUGGUGGUAAGAUUGACAGUGGUGUUGCUGCUUGUUCAACUGGCAGGGCCAGUGAAAGGGAACCCUCACCUCCUGCUGCUUCACACACUACAGAUGCAAAUGGUGAUUUGGAUGAACACCAUACUGAUAUUGAAACUACUGGUCCCGAAAGUCAUAAUGGUCUGCAGGACGCUAUGGAUACCAGACAGGCAGGUGGAGAUGAUUGUCCAUCAUUACCCAUCAGCAAUUCAUCGCCUGAGAGGGUUAUGAAUGGAAAGAAUGUUACUGAUUCAGAACCGUCUCCAGUGCGAUAAUGUCAUAGUUUCACUUAUUUAUUGAUCUUAGUUUAUUCUGUGGGUGAGAAAUGAAGAGAAGGUAAAACUCAAUGGAUUUCCUCUUGUUUUUGAGAGGAGGAUGAGAUAUGAUCAUGAAAAUGCUCAAACCAUGAUUGAGGGGGGGAAUAGCACGGGAGCCUGUCAACUUCAAGCGUGAUUCCAUCCUGGGUUGUAAUCGGGUAAUAUUAUUGACAGCAAGGAGCCCUCGAAUCAGAAAAUGGCAAACAACCUGCUCUUGGCUGUGCUGCACAAAUAUGACUUUUGCUGUUUCGCUUGUAAAACGCUUAUUAAGUCUAUACAUCUUUAUUUGUGGGCUAUGACAGGAGCACCAAUAUGUGCUUAUUUUUCUCCAAAAAUUUUGUGAGGAUGUUUAAGUUGAUGAUAUUAUAGUAGAACUGUAGGUUGGUUACAAUAGAUGUGAGUAUCUCAAUUCAAAAGGUAAUGUAAUUCAUUCUUCGAUUAAGACUAGAUAUAAUUUCUGCAGAGAUGUUUUCUCAUAACAUGGUUCUGACUUGAUAUCAAGUCAAUAAAUUGAACUUGAGCGUA